AGGAGACUUGCUCUAGCUGUGGUCUGAGUCUCGCUUUGAGACUUCCCCGACAACAAUCCUGGAUUUACGCGCGGGAGAAUUCGAAUAUGACUUAAAUGGGUGCAUGAAGGCAUCAAGGCGUACCAUCACUUCGGGCUCAUCGGGGCGUUUCAAAGGUCCUGGUUGUUGUUUGGCUGUGUUGCUAGCCAUCAAGACUAGGAGUGCUGGAAUACCCAAUAUAUCGCGACCCUCAGAAGCCAAUCGAAGCAAGAUUGACUUAGGAUCCGAUCGAGCCAAUGGAUCCACCGAUGCUUGUCAGUGCGGCUUAGAGACCAAGUGCAUGUGCCUUGUCGCGCAAUGCAGUGGGAACGCAUCCCCUGGUCUGUUGAGCGAUUCACCCCAAACACUCUUUCUUACACGAUCGACAAAUUCGCCACAUGUGAAAUCAUAGCAUCGAACGUGGCCGAGAGGGGGCAGUUCAGAAGUUGACAGCUGCUAAACCCCGCCGAUCCGAAUCCCUGUGGCCGCAAAACAAUGCCCACGAGAAAAUUCAACACUCCCCCAAGCGCAAGCGCCUCUCUUUCGUUCCUACCACUUCAACAAGCCUGAUCGAAUUGCCCUU